UUGAUCUCAACUUGGUCAAUCUAUUCUCUUCGGAGGCAGCCAUGUCGUCCAUCGCCAACUACAGCCUCCUCCCGAAGAGGAAUCAGCUCCUCGUCACCCGCGCCGUUCAAAAACCACCGACCUCAACAUCCUCCCCCGAGCAGCUUCCAAUCCAGCCCGGCGACAACAAUCCUCAUACCUGGCGUUCAAUAUCCGGCGGACUAAACCUCCCUUCCACCAUCUCCAAUCUCCUCCACCUCUCCGCCGCCCCCCAAACCCUCCCGGUUGCUCUCGAUCACGACCAAACACCUCCCUUUUCUCCAAAAGACGAGAUCUCCUCCCUCCGCUUUGCCAUCCACGGCCCCGCCGACUGGUCCCCUCUCCUCCACCCCCUUCACCCUUCAUUCCGCCGCGAGAUCAUCAAGUACGGAGAGUUCUCCCAAGCCACUUACGACGCUUUCGACAACAACCCUGUAUCCGAGUACCACGGUAGCUGUCUCUACGGCCAAAACCGCCUCAUUUCCCUCCUCGGCCUCUCCCAUCAUGGCUACAGCAUCACGAAAUACAUCUAUGCUACAUCCCAUCUCGAUUUCCCGCGCUGGCUCCUGCGUCCCCUGCUCCGCUCAAAAUCCCAUUGGUGCGACGAAUCAGCUUGGAUGGGCUUCAUCGCCGUCAGCGGCGACCAAGAGUCGCGCCGCAUCGGUUUCCGCGACAUCGCUGUCGCCUGGAGGGGUACCGUUUCUCCAAGCGAGUGGCUUGAAGAUUUUCAAACCCAGCUCGAGCUCCUCCCCGGUGCAGGCGUAGACGGUGCACGCGUCGAACAGGGCUUUCUCAGCUUAUACACAUCCCGCAGCCAGUCAUCCCGCUUCACCAAAUCCAGCGCCUCGGAGCAGGUGAUGCGCGAGCUCCUCCGCCUCGUAGAAUACUACAAACAGAAAGGGGAGGAAGUGAGCGUCACCAUAACAGGGCACAGCCUUGGCGGCGCGCUAGCACUUCUCAACGCUGCGGAAGCGGCUUCUUUGCUGCCGUCCGAUUUAGGCAUUACUGUGAUAUCUUUCGGAGCGCCCCGGGUGGGGAACCAGGCGUUUGGAGAAAUGCUUAAGAGAAAGGGAGUGAAGGUUCUGCGUUUGGUAACGAAGCAGGACGUGGUGCCGAAGAUGCCUGGGGUUGUGUUCAACGAGUGGAUGAAGAAAAAGGGAUGGGAGUGGGUGUAUACGCACGCAGGGGAUGAGUUGGUUCUUGAUGCCGGAGCAUCGCCGUACUUGAAACGUGGGAUGGUGGAUAUCGCCGGAUUUCAUGGACUGGAGACGUAUCUGCAUUUGGUGGACGGGUACGAGCAAGGAGAGAGGAGAUUUCGCGCUGGAGCUCGACGGGACUUUGCGUUGGUGAACAAGGCGACUGCUUUGUUGAGGGAUGAGCUCAGGAUUCCGGCGAACUGGUACCAGCCGGAGAAUAAGGGGAUGGUGAGGAAUGAGUUGGGGAGGUGGGUGUUGCCUCGACGGGAUCCGGAAGAUAUUCCGUCGCCGUUUGGUGCCGAGAAAAUUGGGUCUUUUGCGCUUGCAUAUGAAUAGUGGUUUGGAAAUAAAUAAAUAAAUUAUUUAAUUUUUAAUUAUGUUUUUGUUUUAUUCUUCAGCUAUUAAAUCUUGGGAAUCAGAGAAUGUUUUUUGAUUCUUCUUAUUCACCGGACGAAAUAUAUGUGAAUC